AGUGGGAAUAUUUUUUAAUUUUAUUUUUUACUGGGGUAGGGGAAUUACUUUUUUCAGGUCCUACAUAGCCUGAGAACUAUGUCAAUCUGUGGUCAUGAUCCUGCCAACCAUUCAUCUUUUCCUCCUACUGCUGAUGAUGGACAUGGGGAGUCCUAUGCCCAGUGCCCGGGCACCUCCCCGGGGUUGCUAUGUAGCAGAGGAAGCUGGUGAACGUACAUUCCGGUGCAGCCAGGCUGGUCUAGUUGCUGUGCCUCUAGGCAUCCCAAAUGAUACCCGCAAACUCUACCUAGAUGCCAAUCGGUUGGCAUCCGUGCCUGCUGGUGCCUUCCAGCAUCUUCCUGCCCUGGCUGAGCUAGACCUGUCACACAAUGUCCUUGUCCGCCUCUCAGAUGCUGCCUUCCAGGGUCUGGGAAACACCCUGAGAUACCUGGAUCUCUCUGCCAAUCAACUGACAUCUGUGCCUGCUGAGGCCUUUAGAGAACUACAGACCCAAGUGAAUCUGUCUGCCAAUCCAUGGCGCUGUGACUGUGCCCUUCAGGAGGUGCUGAGAUGGGUGAGGCUGGUGCCAGAAACUGGGGCGGGCAUUGUCUGUGGGCCAAGUGCCCGGCCAGAGCUGGUGGGACGGGAGUUUCUGUCAUUGAUAGAAGAAACAGAAAUGUGUGGGACCGGGAGAGGUGGGACCCGGCGAGGCACAGAUGCUGCCCUGCUUGUCACCAUGGGAGGCUGGUUGGCACUAGUGGUGGCUUAUCUUGUUCACUAUGUGCGGAGGAAUCAGGAAGAGGCCCGUCGUCCACCAAAAUUGCCUCCCACCGUGCCGGCCCACUCCGAGGAUUCAUCCAUGCUCAGCACUGUUAUUUGAUGCUUCCAUCAUUCCCUUCCCUUUCACUCCUCCCUCCCACUUUCUGCUUCUCCAUCCUUCCCACCGUAGACCCCUUGUGUUCCUAAUGUUGCUGUCCCAUCUACUUCUGUCUCUCCUCUGUCCCCUCCUGGCUGACUCUACCUCCCUUAAGUAUUUACCCUCUUCCCUCCCUACCUCCUUUCUCCUCUCACAGUCAGCUAAACCUUAGUCUCUCCUACCCCAAUCUCCCAUACUCAGCUUCUC